CCACCCGGUUGCCGGUCCGCCCUCUCGCCUCUGAGCGCUUCCCUCCCUCCGGGGCUGGGCCUGCCCCGGCUGUCCCGGAGCCCCCGUCCCGCCGCACGUUAGCUGUCUGUGUGUCGUGGCCACCGCCUCCAGGCAGCCCGCAGCAAGCCGGCUUCUUGGCCCGACGAGCGCAGCGCCCUCUCACCGCGAUGCAGUGCUUCCUCAGGGGAAUGGCCUUCGUCCCCUUCCUCCUGGUGGUAUGGUCGUCCGCAGCCUUCAUCAUCUCCUACGUGAUCGCGGUGCUCUUCGGGCACGUCAGUCCUUUUCUCCCCUACAUCAGUGACACGGGAACCACACCUCCAGAGAGCAGUGUCUUCGGGUUUAUGAUAAACUUCUCCGCAUUUCUUGGUGCGGCUACAAUGUACAUGAGAUAUAAAAUAGUGGAGAAGCAAAACGAGACCUGCUACUUUGGCACUCCUGUCUUCAACUUGGUGUCCUUGGUUCUUGGAUUUGUGGGGUGUUUUGGAAUGGGCAUUGUAGCCAAUUUUCAGGAGUUAGCGAUGCCCGUGGUCCACGACGCCGGCGCCCUCCUGGCUUUCGUCUGCGGUGUGGUUUACACAUUCCUGCAAUCGGUCAUCUCCUACAAAUCGUGUCCCCAGUGGAACAGUCACACCACGUGCCAUGUCCGCAUGGUCAUCUCUGCCAUUUCCUGUAUAGCUGUCAUCCCCAUGAUUGCCUGUGCUUCGCUAAUUUCUAUAACCAAGCUGGAAUGGAAUCCAAAAGAAAAGGAUUAUGUAUAUCACGUAGUGAGCGCCAUCUGUGAAUGGAUCGUGGCCUUUGGUUUUAUUUUCUAUUUCCUAACAUUCAUCCAGGAUUUCCAGAGCGUCACCCUGAGGAUAUCCACAGAGAUCAACGAUGACUUUUGAAAGCCUGGGCAUCCUGUCUCACUCAGCGAAUGUCACAGACAGCUUCUGGAAGUGGCUCAGAGGACAGAUGGGCUUGAGUGUCGCCCUGAUCAGGACGUAUCUAUGGCACACCCGGGACUUGAAUUCCAUUAAGAAUUUCUAGCAGUUGUUCUAUUUACAAAGGUAUGUUUUCCUAGAGAAUGCUCAGCACCUAUGACACUUUAGCGAUAGUUUUUAUAUUUUCUAAGACACUCUUUAUAUGGACAAAUUCACAUGCAGAAAAGAACAUUUUCCGCUUUAUGGAAACUGGGGGAUUAUUUUUGUAUAGACUCUUUAGACUUUUUAUGUAUGAUCGGUGAAAAUACACUAAGUGAAAAAUGUUAAGUUUAAUCCAUUUUUUUUUAAAAGAAGAAGCCAAAUCAGGACAUAGUCACUUUAAAAUUUUGCUUUUUGAAAAACACGAUGAGCUGCACACAUUUUCAUUCCAAGAGCAGUUACACAAUCUAAUUCAUGGUGAUUAUAUACCCUACUAGUAAAGAUAGAGUUAAUAAAUCAAUAUUAAAACACUUUGAUUUUUAGCGCUUUAGACACAGCGUUUUUACAGUCAAGGCUUCAAAACCCGUUUACUAUGCACAUUAACCAAGCAGUGUAGAAGACCUCGGUCUGGAAAUUCAGCCUCCGGGUCUGGUUUGCUUCCCCGACAGGGCCACAGUGAAAGCUUUGGGCUGCUGUUAACAGGUGGCCCAGGAACUCAUUCCUGGUAGGAUGGGCUCAGGAUGGCAGCUUAGAAUUGUCAAAACUGCCCUUGCCUGGGAGGGUCCAGGCGUCAGGAAUGAGACUUGUUAGCUUCCCUGUAAGCAAGUUAGCCAGAACACAAAUGCAAGACAGGGGGAAGGGGAGGGGGCUAGAAACCCGGGUGCAGGCUGCAUUUAUUGCUCUGCUCAAUGCCUGUGGCCACUGUUGAGUGCAGGUGAUGUGGAAGGUGAGUCAGGCCUUUGCCUAAGCAAGGUCCGCAGACUCCACCUCUUCAUCCGGCUCACAACUGACUAAAGAAAAUGCCAGCUGUUGUAGAGAAGACGUGGCCUUGGAGGUGCUGACAAGAUCCCAAGCUCCCUAUCUCAGUCUGGGAAAGUGGAUCUGCCUUGAGGGACCAUGUGCCCAGGGCCUAGCAGCCCAUUUGGGCAGCCUUGGUGAGGGGACACCUGGGGAUCCAGGGGCACGCAAGUGCCGAGUCCUGCGUGGGUGAGCAUCAGCAGCCACUUCUGCCCCGAUGUCUUGUGUGUCCUCAAGCGUGGAGGGGUGCAAACUGCCGACCGUUUGUGAGUCCACUGUAAUUCAAUGCCACGCUAGUCCCGGGACACAAAGACGUCAUUGUGAAGAGAAAGGGGAGCCGACACCUUUCCCGUGGGAACUGUGGUUGCCUGAAUCCACGCUGCUCUUGGCUUUGAGCAGGAACAGUGUCGGAACUUCCCAGAACGCAGGCAGCUCUCUGCAUGUCCACUGGAGGAGACCCCUGGGCACUCACUCCUUCAGGGCUGAACAUGUGCCUUAACUAGAGUUCAACACAGUGCCUUCUAGCACACAGUCGGUGCUUAAUAAAUACCCACUGAAUGUAUGCGUAUGUAAACGAAUGAACAAAUCCCGCAAUGACUGGGGAUGUUUGAGGUGCCAUCUGCGGCUUUAUUUCUCUAGCUCACUAGUUCUUCUGAUGUCAACAGCUAGGCUGUGCUACAUAGUAACGUUGUCCAUUUUGCUUUGUGUACUGUACACACGUUCCAGUUGUUUGGGCUUCAUGAUUCGGUGACAACUCUCUUCCGGACAGAUACCACAGCAAUUGUUACACGGGCUAGACCUGUCUUGGCAAACCGAGAAGGCCCCAAAUCACCCCAUUCUGCAGAUUCCAUGCAACUUCUAACUUUAUCCCCCAUUUUGGUAUUCUUCUUCAUUUCUACAAAUGUGUAUUUCCUUGGAACUUCAUGCCUAAGAAGGUAAAAUAAAAAUAUUUCUUUAUUCUG